UGUGUGUAUCACUUGUAUCGCCAUCGUCAUUAAAAAUGUUAGGAAUGCGAAAAAUGUUGCCGCCAGAUGUGCUGAUCAUUCUGGCCACUUGUUCUGCCUGACAAUAAACCGUCAUGGAAUUUAAUCAGAUACCUUUUUAACCUAAAGUGUAUCAAUAAACUCAUUCAUUCUGCGGGUGCAUUCUUCGACCAUACGUGUAAUCGCCCGUGAACGCAACAGCUGCCGCAAUCAAGCGUGGUUGAAGACGUUUUUCUAUGUGUGUCAUCUUCACUCUGCAAAACUCAUUCAACGAUGAACGCGCGUCUGCAUUCCGCCAGUCUGGACGCCCUGAAACCAUCCGUCAGCGACGACGCUCACAAAAUGGGCUCGACUUCGUACGAGGAGCUGCAGCAGCGGGAUCUGGAGGAUUCGGAUAUUUUGAAGUAUUUAACGCGGGAUAUUAAGCGUAAUUCCACGGAGCAGUUGCUGCACUGCGCCGCCAUGCCCAGCCGGAUGAUGUCGCAAGUGCGGCCUGUCGUGCACGGGCAUUAUCAGAAGAAUGCCAAACUAGCCAGGCAACCCGUGGCCGAAGGGUCCCGCAGUCAUACACCCAGUCCCAAGGGGACGGAAACGGGCAGUGUCGAGAGUGUGUUGACGGAGAACGCGGUGCUGCGGAAGGAUAUUGAAGGCCUGGUUGCCAAACUGUCCAAGAUGCAGAAGGUGGAAAUGGAAGUGGAUAACAUACAGCAGUUAUAUUCCCAUCUGCAGAAAUCCACACAGAAGCGGGAAGCCUUGGAAAACGCUAUCCGGUCCCAGUUGGAGAAGGAAAAACAGCUUUUACUACAAGAAAAUCAGCAGCUUAGAGAACACGUGGAUGCCUUAUCGCGGCAGAUUAGUCAACGCUCACCGGUAGUAUCGGAAGUCGAUUACCAAGCGGCGGUGAAGGAAUUCCAGUUGGCUGUUUCGCGCUUGACCGCACAAAAUAAAGAGCUAAUAGAGGGCCGCAAACGGCAGGACAUUGAACUGGCCGCACAGCGGGCAACCCUCGACGAACAGCGGAAUCACAUUGGUAUCCUGGAUAGUUACCUCAACAGCGCACAAGCUAAUAUUGCCGCACUGGAGGAAGAGCUCAGUAAACGCACACAGUCCAACGACCGACUUCAAGAAGUCCAGCAGGCCCUCGCCAGCGUACAACUAGCCUCCAGUAAACGCGAAGCCACCGAAAAACGCCUGCGUGCUCAGAUGGAGCUGGAAAUUAGCAAUUUAAAACAGGAAAUCAGACACCUGUCUGGUUCCGGCAACUCCGACAGUUCCGGUAAUAAAGCGGAAGCCGCUGUCGAUCCCACAAGGACCUCUUUAGAAGGCACCGAAAUUCCAGCCGACACCGGCAAACUGCAGGAAAGUAUUGCCAGGCUGGAGCAGCAGUUGGCCGAGAAGAACGCGCUGAUUAACCGCUACUUCCGCAAUCUACCUGCCUCAGCGCCCAGACCCACCGUCAGCCAUGUGCGCGUGCUGUCGGAAGCCACGAAAGAUUCCGUUUCCGGGAAUAGUGCCAGCACCGCGGAUCUGCACGCCUCCAGCAGUCAGUUGUCGGUGCAGAGGCCGAAAAGUGUGGCUUCCAUGAGGAUAGAGCCGAAGAGUCAGUUGUGGGAAGUUUGAUCUGUUUUGUGGGGGGUGGAGUAAUUUAUUUUGUAUUUCUGGUGAGAUCUUUUGUGUGUUUUUGAAGAGAUUUGCUGUUUUUAUGGUGAUCUGUGUACAAUGUAAAUAAAAGAAGGGCGAUUUGACACUUCCGAUUGCACAUUCAUUUCAUGGUGUACGGUCGAAAUCUCCGGAUUUUUAAUUACAGGAAGUAAAUUUAUGGCGAAGUUCUACGUAGUUGGAACUUGGGACACGAAAA